AUGGUAACUGAAGAGACAACCCAGUUGACAUUGCAAAGAAAAAGUAUUUUACCAAUAGAAAAGUCAUAUGGAGAUAAAGUUUUUGUUUAUCAGGAUAAUUCAUUACCUACUAUUACUGUCUUAAAGAAAUUAAAUGACAAAAGUGAGGAUAAAAAUGAUAUGAGACAUUCAGGAGAUAAUUUAUUCAGUGAUGAUGAGCUAGAUGAAAUAGAUUAUACAACUAUUCAACUUCAGUCUAAUACAAAUGCAUACGUAAUAAAACCUCGAAGUUGUCUGAAAUACAAAUACAACAUCCAAGACGUCUACGAUGGUGAUGAUGAAGGUGAGGAAGAAAAUGACGAUUUUUAUAAAAGUUAUGAUAAGAGUUCUCAGGCUGUUAUCACGAGAAAACAGAAAAAAGACAAAGUUCCUAUAAUGAGGUGUGCCUUUGAUAAGCAUGACUAUCGUCAUAAGUCUAAUUCGUUCACAGAAACAUCUAGAUGUCAGUCAGUUGAAAGGAGCUUUAUCGGUACAAAUAUUUUCCCAUGUAACAAUAAUGAUUAUGCCUGUUUUAAUGUUAUUGCUCACCAUCAUAUAUCUGAAUCAGAAUUAGACAACCAGGCUAAUCUCAGUGGUAUCACAAAUACCAUUUUGCAUAGAUCAUCAUCAUCAUCGUCAAUACUUAGCUUGUUUAACUUGUCUUCUAAUCAGUCGGACAUAUCACCUUUAUUAGAGUAUUCUAAUGACACUUUUGACAACAAAUAUGGUGACCAAGAUAUUCUACUAAUAACUAAUCGAAAUGCAAGUAAUAAUUUCAGUAGAGAAUUUAACAGUGGUGAUACUAAAAAUAAGCAGUCAGAAAUCAAUAAAAUAAGUGCAAGAAGAAUAAAUGAAAUCUCGAAAUGGAAAACUGAAAAUCUAAGAUAUAAGUCAUGGAAAUAUAAAGAGAAACAUAAUGCGAGAGAAGAAAUAAGUGGUAAAAAUUCAAAAAGACUUAACUUUUUUCGAAAUCUUCUCUAUUCAGGAAAAUUUAAAAAAGGCAAAGCUAAUAUUGAUGAGCGUGAGAAAGUGGUGAAUAAAGAAAAGCCUAUAGAACUUGUUGAGCAUAGUAGACUAAAUAACAACGGUUCUUUUAGUAAUAAAUAUGGCGAUGAGAGUUGCAGUCAAACAGGUAAUGAUAUCUUCUUCGAUGAGGUGAUUGACUGUGUGUCUAACAUGCCAAAACAAAUAAACACAGCAAUCUUGAGUAGUAGAGAUUCUUUAAAUAAAACAAUUUAUUGUAUUCAGCAUACAAACUUGUCUGUGAACCAGGAAACCGACAGUCUUUGUUACCCUAUUAAAUAUCCUAAGCCAAUUCACUUCACCCAAGUUUCAAAUGUGAUAUAUCCCGUGGUAUCCGCAUAUUUGGUUUGUAUGAAUAAGAAAACAUUAUGCGCAGUCAGUAGACAUCUUAAAGAUAAAACAAGCAACUGUAAAUAUGAUAAUUACAUCAGUAGAGUUUAUUCAAAAAUCCCGACACCCUUAGUUGAAGAUGCUAAUACUAAUCAACACUUCGAGGAACCAGCGUGUUACGAUAAAAGUGAAUACCACUGUAACAACGCUGCAAUAUCAGGAAGUGUUAAACAAAUUACUUUUGAUAAGCGUAGAAAAUCGAGUACAUUGUCAUCAUCUGAACCAUUAAAACAUAAAUUACAGUGUCGUAAACGCAUACGGAUGACAAAACAAGAUUGUUUUUUCCCGUAUGAAAUUGAAACACCAAGUUUAACUGUAAGACAUUCUAUCCGCCCGAUAACCGACAGUCAGUCUGUUUUACUUCCAAAAAGUCAAAGUUCACCGUCAUUGAGUGAUCAUGUAGAUGAAAUAGACAAUAACUGGAUAACCGGUCAAACAGAUAAUGAUGUAAACGAAGAGAUAGAGAGAGAUAGUGGUGGAUCGAAAUGGAUCAGUACCAAUAGUAAUGAUACACAACAAUUAAAAACAGAAACAUUGGAACGUAGAAAAGUUACUGCAUGGAUGCCAGUAAAUUAUAUGCGUACAGUUGAUAAAACGCCGAGUUUAUAUUUAGACGAAAGAGGUAUGAUUAACGGUAUAGCUGAGUGUUUAAUAACAAGUCUAUCCUCUCUGUCUAUUCCAAUAAGUGAAAUUGAUUCAUCAAAUAAAAGUCUGACAAAUUGUUAUUCACCAGAACCAUGUGAACGAUUACUUGCCUAUAAACAAACAGUUGAGAUUCAGUCGAAUAAUUCAGACAAUGACCCGUUGCAUCAUUACGACUUGUAUGACUCUGAUGAGUAUGAAAACAGGAUACAGACAACACCAAUAGCUAAAACAGACUUUACAGAUAUUGACAAUGAAAAACAAAAUGCACCAUUAACAGACGACAGCGUAUCUCAAACACACACAAAAUUCUUCAACCCCAUAGAAAUAAGUCUUGGUGAAGAAAAAGCAUCAAUCAAUAAUAUGUAUGUAUCUCCACCUUUUCCUUACUCUGACUGUCAUCAUCAACAUCGUCAUUAUCAUUCAAGAAAUUUAAAGUAUUCAGUAUCACAAAGUCAAACAAAUCAGUUACCUAUGCUAAACCUUCAAGGCUUUAACAUUACAGAUUCACAAAUGAGAGUGAAUAGAUUUCUAGAUCCAAAACAUUACUACUGUUGUAUUACAUUCAAUAAUAAAACCCUAGUAGAUCCAUCAACACAUAAAGUUGACUCAAGAGGUGAAACUCUAGGCGUAAAUAAACAAUACCCGUAUAAUUAUCAACAGUAUGUACCUGAAAUAGACGAUUGUGUAUUAUUUACUAAUGCGACAAUACCAAGUACACAGAUAAAAAGUAAAAACAAGCAUAAUCCUACUAAUACUGAACAUUCUUAUCGAUUCCCAGUGAAUAUUAUCAUUAAUUCCAAAGGGAAUUGUUUUUCAGACAAUAGAUUAUUAUUAACCACAAAACCCAUAUUAUAUGUACCGGAGGUUAAGAAAAAUACUCAUGUAAAAAAGCUUGUACCACAUCAGUCGACAAAAGCUAAACCAAUUCAUUCAGUUAGCUGUAAAAAUACUAAUAAACUAAUCAAAAUGUCAGUUAAAGUACAAUGCGAUGAAAAUGAUAUUAAAUUAACACUGAAACAGCAGCUACUGGCUGAAACACCAAAGACGCUGAACCCUACAAAUGAAGUAUUAAAACAAACACAAAAAUUACCAGCAACUCACUUAUCACCGUCUUUAAUUUGGCGUUACAGUAAUUUUCAACAAUAUACUCAACAAACAGACCUAUCUGACGCUGACUAUAAAGGUAUUAAUAGUAAAGUUAAACAGGUGUCACAGAAGCAACCAUUAGUUCAUGACACAUCAGACAUUAUCGCUGAUACUGCCAAUUUAUCCGGUAAAAAGUUGAUUAAUAGCACAAGGUCAACUAGAAAAUUUAAAUCUAACCAUGAAAACAAAUUUCAUAAAUCUAAACGAAAAAUUCGUCCUGGUGAAUUAACAAUCUUUGAAUUGGAAAAAUACGGACAGUGCAGUCAAGGUGUUAAUAAGAAAAAUUGCCAAAAUCUAAAAAGCAGUGAAAUGUCUGGUAGCAGAAAAGCCAAUUAUAUUACAUCAAUCGAUGGUAAAAUUAAUAACAGUCAGGCAAAAAGUCUACUAAACAAAGUGAAAAUGGCAGGAUUGAAUUCAAAAAUGAAAUUAGGAAACAGGAAAAGAAGUGCAAAACGAACAAACAGUAACUUGAAUAUUGUCAACUUACUAGACGUCGCAGCCAUGGACAGAACUUGUGAUACAGAAAAUGUGCCUGCUAUGAAUUUAGGCAAACUGAGAGAUAAAAACAUUCGUAAGAAAUCAGUUAUUCCUAAGACGAAUUACUUGCAAGGAAGUAAUUUAAACAACUUUCAUACUGAAGAGACAAUGGUAGAAAAUCGUUUGGAGAAAUUCAACUGUAUGGAGCAUAAUAAUAACCAUACAAUUAUACCUCAGACAACUAAAAUACAUUCAUGUAUCAGUUAUGUAACAUUCAAGAAAGAUGAAUCAACAGAUGCCAGUCAGUAUGUUUAUAACUAUCCAGUAAAAAUGAUUCAACCUGAAACAUAUUACUUGAAUAAUCGCCUUAAUACUGAUCAAAAAAUGAACAUCAUCUCUGACCAGUAUCAGACUACAGAAACAGCCCAGUCGUACAGUGGGGAAAUAGAAUUGGGUAUAUGGUGUCUAAAAGUAUGUAAACAUUUGAAAAUGUUGAAAGGUUUUGUUACAAUUAAUACAGGUUAUACCGUAAACAUUCCAGAAGAAAUAUUCACCUGCAUACUGUUUCAUUUUGAAGUGAAUGAAACAUGGAUUAGUAGCACCGUAACUGGUAAAAAUGCAUCAACUGGAAUGAAUCAAGUGAAUAAUUUAACGAAAUGUUUAAUUACACUUCUAAAGCCAAUCAUUUACAUUAGUCAACAAAUUAUAUGCUUCAAUGAUAACAUGAAAAUGAAGGGUAUUAUUCAUGCGAAUAACUUUUCAUUAAUGGAUAUGACUGCUAAAGCAAAUAUUAUCAAGUGUUCACAAGACAAAUAUCUGUCUGACACUCAUUUUAUUAUUUUAAAUGAAAUUACAUUUAGCAAAUCAAAUGUUACCAUCAUUAAAGCAACAACUUCGAAGCCAGCAACGAAAGGUUGUAGAAAGAACGGUAACAAACUUCAAGGCGUUAAAAUAUUGUUUAAAAAUAUGAUGAAUUUCAGAACAAAAACAAAACAUCAUGUUAGUUGUGGGACAAAGAAUUUACAAGCUUUCUCAUUUGCUCUAAACCACUAUUAUUAUGCAAUAGAAGAAGUAAUUAUCUUUGAAAUGGAUAUGAUCUGCAGUUCAGAAUACUGUUCAGAAAUGCAUUGUUGUCUUUAUCAGCUGAUAAUCACUUCAAUUGAACUUAACGUAUGCAUUACCAAUCAAAAAGUACAUAAGUAUAAACUAUAUCAUCAGAAAAGUAGAGAAGUUAAAGAGGAUAUAUUGAAAAGCAACAAGAAUGAGCACAACGAGAUGGAAUACAACCAUAGAAAUGCUGUUCCUUCAUAUUUCAACAAAUGGUCAAAUUUACUUUCAGAAUUUCAUGGAAUGUAUAUCGAAAGAUAUUGUACAAAUUCUGUAUGCUAUCAUUUGUACACCAAUGAAGUGAACAGUAAUGUAAAAGUGAAUAAUUUGGACUGUGUUGAAGUUUUACUAGAACAAAGUUCAUCAACGACAUCUGUGUAUUUUGAUAUUGAAUCAAAUACAAUGAAAGAAAAGGUCAAAACAUUCACAACAAAGGGAAAGUCAAUAAAAAUGUUAAAUGUAACCGAAUAUCCAGUGUUGUUCAAUAAAAGUACGCAGACAAUGAGUAAAAACAAUCACUAUAAUGUCACAAGUCAGAAUGCAUCCCCGCAUUGUUCCACUGAUAAUUAUAAUAAUUUCGGAGAUAAAAACGAAUUAUCUGAUAAAACUGUUCUACUCUCAAGUGAAAGGAAAAGAUCAAGAAGUUUAAAUUUAUCUGUUGAAUUCUCAACUAGUAUAUCUCGAAGUAUAUCAGCUACUGAAAUAACCAGGGAUGAAAGUGUACAGUCUGUUUGCUUUAGUCAUAGUUUCGAUAACACCAUACAAACCACUUCUGUCCUGAUGAGUGAUACUACUAGCAAUAAAACUAACAGAAGUAACAGUUAUAAUUAUCAACAUUUUAAUGAUGAUAGUUAUAGUGAUGACGCAAGAAAACGAUUAACAGCACUUAGAACAUCAAAACAAAAAGACACAAAUAGGAAAGAUGGAGAAGUGUCUCAAACUUCAGAUUACCAUAGUGACAUAAGAACAUAUGGAAUUGAAAAAGAAACUCCGUUAUACAAUGAAUUAAUUCAUGACAGUUCAAAAGUAAUUAAUAUGAAAUCAUCUGUUACAACUAAGAAAUGUUCAGAGUCACUGUUAGGACACAAACAACAAAAGCCCAAAAACAGUGAGCACUUGGAUUAUAACGAAAUUACAAAGGGAAACUGUGAACAGCCAAAAGCAUUUGGUGAAGUUACAACUAAUUCACCAAAGAUAGUAUAUAUCGAUGUGGAUUCAGCUAAUUUAUCCGCUGAAUGAUAUGAAACAUAAAAUAGAAUAAUUAGAAGGCAAAAAGAAAUAAGCUGACAUCCUCAGAAUAUCAUUGUGAUGCUGCAACAGGAGUCGGCUGUUAAGAAAUAAUAUUUAAUAGUAAAAUGAGAAAUAGUCCAUUAAAUUUAUAUUUGUUUGCUGUGAAUUCUAUUUGGACAUAUAUAUUAAUUUCAAUACACUGAUAACAAAUUUAUGGUAAAUAUAGCAUAUAUUUGUACGUUGUUGCUCAAUUUUUC